UGAUUGAAGAACGUACAAGUAAGUGUAAUAACUAAUAAGCCAACGAGAAGAUAACAAGAAAAGAAUAUCAGUUACUAACCCAAAGAUAGUGAGGGGGUUAGAUUUGGAAUCGCAUCUUCUAACUGAUUCACCAUAAGCAAAAAAUAAAAAGUCACAAUUGAAAUCGCUGUAUUCUCGAGUGUAAUUUAGGGUUUCAUGUUAUUGUGAAUUUAGCGAUGAAGGAAAGUAAUGGUAAGAACAGUGUUGAAAAACCAGAUCAAGAUCAAGAUCUAGGACUCUAUUUCUUGGAAUUGUGUCGAAGAAAGGCGAAAGAAGAGUUGGAAGAUUACGACGGCGAUGAUGAUGAUGAUGAGAAAGAGGAAUCGCCAAGCGAACUCAACACUAUAAACAGUUCGGGAGGUUUUGUUGUUGUUUCUACAGAUAAACUUUCAGUGAAGUAUACCAGUGUUAAUCUUCAUGGUCAUGAUGUUGGUGUUAUUCAAGCUAAUAAGGUUGCUCCAAUAAAACGUCUUGUUUACUAUUUCGAAAUUUUUGUUAAGGAUGGUGGUAAUAAAGGUCAAAUUUCCAUUGGUUUUACUUCUGAGAACUUCAAGAUGCGUAGACAACCUGGGUGGGAGGCUAAUAGCUGUGGAUAUCACGGGGAUGAUGGUUUCCUUUAUCGUGGACAUGGCAAAGGCGAAGCUUUUGGUCCAACCUAUACCACUGGUGAUAUAGUUGGUGCUGGAAUUAACUAUGCUGCUCAAGAAUUCUUUUUCACUAAAAAUGGCCAAGUUGUUGGCAAAAUCUACAAAGACAUGAAGGGACCCCUUUUUCCAACCGUUGCUGUUCAUAGCCAGAAUGAAGAGGUGCUUGUCAACUUCGGGAAGAAACCAUUUACGUUUGACCUAAAGGAAUUUGAAGCACAAGAAAGAAUGAAGCAGCAACUGAAAAUAGAGGAAAUUCCAGUGCCACCAAUUGCAAGUUAUGGAAUUGUCCGAUCCUACCUGCUACACUAUGGUUAUGAAGAUACAUUGAAUUCAUUUGACGAGGCGAGUAGGAAUACUAUUCCUCCUAUACAUAUAACGCAAGAAAAUGGAAGUGAUGACCAGGAAACAACAUAUGCAUUGAAUCACAGAAAGGCUCUACGGCAGCUAAUCAGGGAUGGGGAGAUUGAUGUUGCAUUUGGAAAAUUGCGUGAAUGGUAUCCCCAGAUUGCUGAGGACAAUACAUCAGCAAUGUGUUUUCUACUUCAUUGCCAAAAAUUUAUCGAACUAGUUCGGGUUGGAGCACUGGAGGAGGCUGUCAAAUAUGGAAGAAUAGAAUUGUCAAGUUUUUUUGGGUCGCCAGUUUUUGAGGAUUUAGUUCAGGACUGUGUGGCUUUGCUGGCCUAUGAACGACCAUUGGAAUCUGCAGUAGGUUAUCUUCUAAAAGACUCACAGCGUGAAGUUGUAGCAGACACAGUAAAUGCAAUGAUACUUUCUACAAAUCCCAAUAUGAAAGAAACAAAAAAUUGCUUGCACUCCAAUCUUGAGAGGUUACUAAGACAGCUCACUGCAUGUUGUUUAGAGAGACGAUCAUUGAGUGGAGAGCAGGGAGAAGCUUUUCAACUUCAGAGAGUGCUUAGCACUGAUAAAAGAAGCUAGUGCUAUAUUUGUAUUGAUAUUCUAACUCUUCUGUUCAUAUUACCGUAGUUUGUUUUUAUGACAAUGCCAAAUGAUCCAUUCAAAAAAAGAAAAAAAAAAAACAAUGCUAAAUGAGCAAAUUGUUCUUAGCGUCUCAUCUAUGUACUCUGGAGUCCCCCAUCCAUGUACAUGUUGAUUAUCUUUUUUAGGAGAGGGUGGGUUCUGUAUAUGCAUGUAACCUUUUCAUAAUCCAACAGAUGGAAAUUAGAAAUUGAACAAGGCAUGGUUUCAAGUUAAAAAAAAUUAUGCAAUAAAAAUAGGCAAGUAUGUGUGGGUUCAUAUGCAAAAGCAAAAUUAUGUAUCAGUAGUGUAAAUGACUUGUUCUGUUAGCAAUUCCCGAAUUUGAUUA